AUGCAUCUUAAUGAUAGAACAAUAUUUAUAUCAGAUCAGGAUAUAUUAUUUUUUCCUGGUAGAGGUCGUCUGCAAGCAUUGUUAGAUUAUUUUCGUAGCUUGUUCAUGGUUUCUUCUACAAAUCCGAAUGCUCAAAGUUAUUUACGCAGUCGUACUUCAAUAUUACGUGAAAAACGUCGACACAUUCGCAACAACAAGGAAAUAAUUCAUCCGUUCAGUAAUUUUAGAUAUUACUGGGACUUCUUACUAAUUCUAGGUAUGACAAUUAACUUAUUGAUAGUACCAUAUCAAGCAUCAUUUGGUAUUACUCGAGAGACUCUUAUUCCAGGAAUAAUUAAAAAUUCUCUACUUCUUCUCUGUUGUGCAGACAUGCUCGUUAACUUAUCUACCGGAUACUUCGACAAAAGCCAAUCUAUUGUCGAGAUGGAACGGAAAAAAAUUAUAAAACAAUACAUGAAACAUGGUACGUUCUUUACCGAUCUUCUCGGUUCUUUUCCGACCGACGUGAUAUUUGUGAGGAUGUGGGACGAAUACAAAGUAACUCGAGAAGUAGUUUCAUUGAUUUAUGCCUUUAGAUUAUUUUCUCUAAACGUUUACAUCAGCCAAGCGAUGUAUGCUAAAAAUAUUUCAAUAUCUCGUUAUCACUUUUUUAUUAUCUUCUUUUGGUUAUUUGUUUUCUUACACUGGCUAACUUGCAUCUUCUGGCUAGUACCCAUUGCAACUACUUCACUGAAACAAUUACUUUAUCCUAGAAUCGAUUCUUGGAUACAUGAGAUCGAUCUUUGGUAUAAACCUAAAAGCAUACAAUAUCUCUUUUCAUUGGUGAUUACGAUAGGAAAUUGUUUGAGAUCUAGAUUAUAUAAAAGUGAUCGACAGAAUAUGCCUGAUCUUUACGUAGUAAUAGUUGCCGAAAUAAUAGGUACUCUAAUCACGUGGUUCCUCAUAGCAAGAUUGGUGCAAUAUUUUAAAGGAACGAAUUCUUCUAAAUUGAGAUAUCAAAGUGCCGUUGGUCAACUGACAAAAUAUAUGCGGCACAAACAACUUCCACGUCAUACUCAACGUCGAAUAAUCGAUUAUUAUGAAUUUCGUUUCCAACGACGUUACUUUCGUGAAUCUGAUAUAUUCAACGCGUUAUCGUUGCAAAUACGUCAAGAAAUAGUUAUGCAUUCUUGUCGAAAGCUUGUAGAAAAUGUAACAUUCUUUAAUAAUCUUCCAAUAGUUAUUUUGAAUCGUAUAGUAGCACUAUUGAAAUCGGAAAUUUUCUUAACGAACGAUGUGAUUGUACGAGCGAACGAACCAGGCAAUUGUAUGUAUUUUAUUGGUAGUGGUACAGUUGCAAUUUAUACGAUUUCUGGUAAAGAAGUUUGCCAUCUUAAGGAUGGUGCUCAUUUCGGUGAGAUAGCUCUUGUAAUGGCGGACGAACGUAGAGUCGCCAGCGUAGUUGCUGUUGAGAUUUGCGAACUUUAUCGACUUGACCGUGCCGACUUUGCUCGUACGAUACAUCCUUAUCCUAUGAUGUGGGAGCAGAUCAAAAACAUUGCCAUCGAAAGACACGAGAAAACUAUGAUUCUUAGUACGUAA